GGAGCUCUUCAAUGUUUGGAAUCUCCAUGGUUAACGAUACUUCCGGUUAUAUUUGGUGACUAAAAACACUGUCAAAAUGAGCUUGUUAAACCAGGGAAGAAACGAGAUUCGGUUUAAUAACUCCGAUGGAAAGUGUUUAUUGGAAAAUUGGGUGGAAGAGCGACAAGUUGCAGAUUAUGAUAAAAUUGAUAAGGAUGAAAAAAUCACAAGCAGUGCACAGAUUUUCCGAGAUGGGCACUCGGGAAUCCUAACAACUGAACUGGACGCCAGGGUUGAUAAUGUCACCACAGUUAGACACUCCUACAAGAAACCUGAGCCAUGUGGUGUGAGGCUAGUAGGUAAAAAGGAAGAAUUACACAAACUUAUGCUAUUAGAAAAAGUUGGAAGGGAAGUAUUUGCUGAUGAGCUGAACCCCCCAGAGCCAGAACCGUUAGAUUUUAGAUCAGUCACAAUGAAAGACUUCAAUAAACCAGAAUUUGUCAGCAAAAAGCCAGUUCCCACAAAGACACAUGAUUACAGAAAAGAUCAGCCUGUAACAUUUUGGUCCGAACACAAAGAUGUCAUUCAUGGGGUUUCUCAAAAGAAGACCGGAGAUACACCUUUCAGGAAAAACGAUGCCUUCAGUAAGCCAAUUGGUGAAUACUGGAAUGAACCAGGCCCUCAUGAACUUGAAGAUUAUCCCAAAAUGUGAAAAUGUUUUAUUUUUUAGUGAAUUCUAUCCAUUUGUAAAAUACUUUAGGCAAUUUGGAGAAAACAAAGUUCAGAAAUAAUCAUCUGUGUGAGAAAAGGUGAAAUGUAUUUACAAUAUGAAAAAUGUGUGUACUAUGAUUGAAAAAACAUUGGGUCUUAGAGAGCACACUAAAGAACAUUUGUCUGUUUUAUUAAGAUAAUAUAUUACAAUAGAACCUCUUUUUCAUAAUAUUUCAUUGAUGUAUCUUCAGUCUAAAGUCUGAAGAAUAAAUGUCCUGUAUAUAUACAUUUGAAAUAUUAAAUAUUUAUCAUUGUUACUUUAGAAUUUCAAGUUUUUAUUUAUUUUUUAAAAAUUGCUAUUUUUUCCACAGUGACCCAAGUUUUGGUUGAAUGGGGCUUAUUUAACAUAACAAUAUAUGCCCCACAUUUAAACUUAAAGUUUAAAUACUGAAGUAAAAAUUCUUCUUAACUAUAAUAUGGAAAAAUCUGACUCUGCAAGACUGGACAUUGUCGGUCCUAUAAAACACCAGGCCAUGCAGACACAUUAAGUACUGUACAUUAAUUAGCACAGUAUGAUAAUUUGUCUGCACAGCCUGGAGUGUUAUUUUUCUGACAAUAUUUAAAAAUAAGCAUUUAAUGCUUACAUUUUUCUUGGGUUUUUUAUUUGUAUCAAAUAUUUGUGUAUCCUUGCUUGAAAGCUAUUAUAUACGCUCUUUGUCACGGAUAUGAAAAAUAGAUGAAAUAGCCAUAAAACAUGUUGUGUAGUUCACUUCCACUGCUAAGAAUAUACAUGUAGCUCCGGAAACUGUUGAGAAAAACUAUUUUAUUAACGAAUCAAACAUAUAUGAUUUAACAAUUGUAUUUCAAAUUGGUUGAGUAAGUUUAAAGGUUUUAUUUAUUAUUAUUACAUAAUAAAUCUUUUCAAAUCAUGUUAUGACAUGUACUUGUGCUCGUACCCCUCAAUAAAGAUCUGGUGUGUUAUGAAAAUUGAGUAUCAUAGACUUCCAAGCAAACAUAAGGGGAAAUAUACACCAAGUGUAAAUACAUGUAACAUUCGGAAGUGUUUGAAAAAUGCAGUUUUUUUCAUCAAUUUACUAGAGUGCAUUUCAAUACUGCAGUGUCUUUUUCUAUAUUAAUAAGGCUGUUUUUAGACUAUAUUUCCUUGAGACAGAAAGCUCGAGAUUUGUUUAAUGAUAGAGUAAAAAUAUCUUUCGUUACUUAUUAUAUAAUGUAGUUUAUGGAUAAAAUUUAUGUGUAAACCCUUAGGUAAAUCUGAUGGGUAAUUUGUUGAGAAUUCAGCCUCCCUAGGCCUUGAAAAAGUUUCUCAAAUCAGCAGAAAAUUACUUGAUAAUGAUAGAUAGCAUGAUGGAUAAGAAGUCUAUAAGACUAUAGUCAUACAGGCCAAGAUAUGAAGACAAUUUUAGAUGAAAGAUUUAAUUUUCAAAAAUUUAAUUUGGUAACCAUGAGGUAUAGCCCAAGGCGGAUUCGAACUCAUGACCUGAGGGUCACAAGCUCGAUACUUUAACCACUGAACUAUGAUAAUAUACAAAUAAUCAAUUGAUACAAACAGUAUAACAAAACAUUUAAAUCGCCCUCUUGUGAUGCAGUGUCUUAAAAAUUACAAGUCUUGGUGGAGUGGGGUACGUACCACAUGUACGAGGAAAAAACAACAAAACAAAGAAUUCAAAAGAAAACAAAAAAGUUUAUUCCCUUAAUUAUUCACACAUGAGCAACAUGACUCAAAUUUCAGAAAUUAAAUUAACAGCACUAUCAACACUGAAGAAAAACUAGUACGGUACAUACUGAAUGAAAAAAAAAUGGGGUCUCUUUAAGGUAAAAUUUCCAUGAUGUUGAAAUUUACUUCAAAGCUAUAUUAGUAAUGAUUUUCUUGGUAAAUAUAUAGAAUAAUACACUAAACCACUAAAUUCAACAAUUUAAAAAAACUGAUUUCAUACUGAUAUUUUGCAAGAACAAUAAGAAAUUUAAAGCAAUUAAAUAUACAAAUUCAAAUGGAAUUUAAGAAAUAAAAAGAAAUACCGUAUUCAAGUUUUGUAACAUUGAAACACUGGUGAAAUUACAAAAUGUUUCCCCCUUGUAAAAAUUUGAC